AUGCAGAAGACAUACGAUGACUGCCAUCUGAUGUGCUCGACGGCCGUUUAUUUUGAGAGCCAGAAUAACGAGUCGGAAGCGUUACGGGCCUGGAAAUCUGCCCUUGACGCAAUCUAUUAUCACAAUGCGCAUAGAGUGCCGUCUACCUAUGUUCCCAAGAACGACACGGAGCGAAGUUACCAAGAUUCGCUGCGCGAGCUGGAACUCCAGUGUAAAGAAAGGGUGAGCCUCUUAGAAACCCUAAGAGAAAGUCGCAAAGAGGCUGGUAUGGACCUUGACACGAAGACGACGCCAAUCUCCAAAGGAAAGCUGGAAAAGUCAAGGCCACAGAUGAAUGGGCCUCAGAGAUCAAGUAGUGGCACGGCAGGAUGGAUUGGCGAUAGAACUAUCCCACCCAUAGGUUAUCCGGAAUUGUCACGGCCGUCGACACUGCCGUCGCGCUCUGCGAUGCAUAGCCAAUCGAGCUUGAACUCGAUAACGCCAACUCCCCAAAGUUCUAGUGAUGUGCGCGGCUUAGGGUUGGACUCGCUACCGUCGCCUCCCAUACUGCCAGCACCAUCUUUAAGUAGGGAAACGAAUCGGUUACCACCUCCGGAGAAGAAAAAGACCCUGCUCACGACUCUUCGCGGCAAGGACCCGAAAACACCCCCGAGUUCUAGUACCCCGCCGCGCAAACAUUCAAGACCUGUUGCUUCCAAAGCCGCGGGUUUGGCUUGGAGUUUUGUUACACACUCGAGCUCAUCGAAACGUGGCCAGGUUUCGCCGGUAAAUGAGUCUACCCCAUCGGCUCCGCGCAAGAGUACUUCGAGUGACUCCGGCUCGCGGAAAGACGCUCCACCAACGCGCCACUCCCUCGAGGAACUUUCAACACCGAGCCGAUCAGCUUAUCGCUCAGACUACUUCUCAAGCCCUCCCAUCACACGAAGGAUAUCGGGAGACCAUUCUGCUGCAAGCCUAGCUGCCGGUGCUGCGGCAGCAGCUGCGGCCGCCCAAAGGCCGGCGGAAAUAGAACCUUGUAACGGUUUUCCAGAUUCCUCCCCGGAUCUUAAAGGGGGCUCAUUCGAUAAGUUGAAGCAGCCGGAUACGAAGCAAGAUACUGGGUGUAACUCAUCUCAUCAUAGGCCUCCACUUUCUGCAAAACCCUCGACCGUGGAUCCUCCACGGUCCACGCCACCAUCUUCUGGCACUUCUCAAAUUCGCUCCAACAAGAUUCCGCCAGAAGACGCUUGCCAGAGGAAGGUUGUCAAAACGAACUCUGCACCUUCCAAGCCAAGACUGAAUGUGAAAGAUUCUAUCAGGGAUAUCGAAGCUCGCAAUGAUGGCUCUCCUCCUAAUGGCAGAGUUAGACAGGCGAGUGCCCAGGCUUCAGCCCCGGCACAGCGCCCAAUAGUUGGGCGGCAGAGGACGGGAUCGAGGUCUAGCAAAUCAUCAGCAGAGCUCCCUGCCCACGGAGAGAGCAAUGACGCUGAUGAAGAUAAGAACCCAUCGGAACACGAACCUGAUUACGAUCUAGUUUUAAAGAAAGCAUUGAGUAAUUUACCUAAAGGAGCCGAUAAAGAGGCGGCUGAGCAAAUCUUCACAGAAAUUGUGGUCCAUGGAGAUGAAGUUCACUGGGAUGACGUUGCUGGCCUGGAACCUGCAAAGAACGCCCUGAAAGAAGCCGUCGUAUAUCCUUUUCUUCGUCCGGAUCUAUUCAUGGGUCUCCGCGAGCCAGCUAGGGGUAUGCUACUCUUCGGACCCCCUGGUACUGGCAAAACUAUGCUCGCCAGAGCUGUUGCUACGGAAUCUAAAUCGACUUUCUUCUCCGUUUCUGCCUCCAGCUUAGCUUCUAAAUGGCAUGGAGAAAGCGAGAAACUUGUUCGGGCUCUCUUUGGGCUGGCAAAAGCACUAGCUCCGUCUAUCAUUUUUGUCGAUGAGAUCGAUGCACUGCUUUCCUCUCGAUCUAGGUCUAGCGAGGCAGAAGUUUCACGACGAAUCAAAACCGAAUUUCUUAUACAGUGGUCUGAUCUACAACGGGCUGCUGCAGGAAGAGAACAAAACGCCAAAGAAAAGAGGCUCGGUGACCCUUUACGCGUUCUAGUCCUUGCUGCAACAAAUAUGCCCUGGGAUAUAGACGACGCAGCUCGACGUCGGUUUGUUCGCAGACAGUAUAUACCUCUCCCAGAGUUCGAAGUGCGAAAAUUACAGUUACAAAAACUGCUCAGCCAUCAAAAGCACGAGCUUUCGGAUGCUGAUAUUGAUAGAUUGUCUAGUAUUACUGAAGAUGCGGCUAUGGGGCCCCUCCGAAAUCUAGGUGAAGACCUCCUUCACAUACCUAUGGAGAAAAUCCCCCCUAUUUCCUUCAAAGAUUUCGAGGCCUCCCUUCUUUCGAUCCGGCCCAGCGUAAGUCAAACCGGACUAAAUCGCUACGAUGAAUGGGCGAAGCACUUUGGAGAAAGAGGAGGGUAA